AUGAACAGAACUUAUUCUUUAAGAAACCAAAGGGCACCAACUGCUGCUCAAAUCCAAUCUCCACCACCACCAUCUGCUUCCACCAAGUCAAAAUUCUUUGGUAAGAGCUCAAUCGCUUCUACCUUUAGAAAGAGCACUGCUGGUAGUUUUGGCCCUGAAUUGUCUAGAAAACUAUCCCAAAUGAUUAAGAUGGAAAAAGGUGUUUUGAAGGCUAUGGAAUUGGUUGCUUACGAACGUCGUGCUGCUGCCAGACAAUUAUCUGUUUGGGGUUAUGACAACGACGAUGAUGUUUCCGAUGUUACUGACAAAUUAGGUGUCUUACUUUUCGAAUUAGGUGAAUUACAAGAUCAAUUCAUUGAUAAAUAUGACCAAUACCGUGUAACUUUGAAAUCUAUUAGAGAUAUUGAAGCUUCUGUCCAACCAUCAAGAGACCGUAAAGAAAAGAUUACUGACCAAAUUGCUAACCUGAAGUACAGAGAUCCUCAAUCUGGAAAGAUCCCUGUCUUGGAGCAAGAGUUGGUUCGUGCCGAAGCAGAGUCAUUGGUUGCAGAGGCUCAAUUAUCAAAUAUUACUAGAGAAAAAUUGAAGGCUUCUUUCAAUUACCAAUUCGAUGCUUUGAGAGAAUUGGCUGAAAAGUUUGCCUUAAUUGCUGGUUAUGGUAAGGCUUUAUUAGAAUUAUUAGACGACUCUCCAGUUACUCCAGGUGAAUCAAGACCAGCUUAUGAUGGUUACGAAGCUUCAAAGCAAAUUAUUAUGGAUGCAGAAACUGCAUUGGAAGCAUGGACUUUAGAUGUCGCUGUUGUUAAGCCAACUUUAUCUUUCUAUCAAACUGCUGACGAUGUUUACGGUGAAAUUGUUGACGAUGAAAGCCAUGAGCAUGACAUUGAAGAAGAAGGUCAAGAAUGGGUCAGUGAAACCGAGGAACAAGAAGUCCAUGAAGAUCAUGAAGAACAUGAAGAACAUGAGGUUGCUUCUAAAUAA